AUGACCGCCUGCAAAGACGAUAUCAUGCACAGCAUUAUUCUCAUUCAGCAGAGUACUAUUAAUGACAUGAAUGCAAAGCUUGACCGACUCGGAAGUCUUUUCCAGGCCAGUUUGGUUGGCGCCGCUGUCGAUCGAUCCAGACUUGGCAAGGAAAUAGCUGAGCCGGAGCUGCUUGAAGAUGAACUCAGCGACGAGAGGAAUCUCUGGACAUUGGAAAAAGUUCAGGAGUCCCUGAAGCACUUGGAGACAUUCCAUCAGGUUGCUCAUAUUGCAUCUCUGACGUCCCCAUUGAAGCAAGUGUUCGUGAGUGCAGAGAAGCGGGCUUAUCUCGUGAAGCUAGUCUCUUCGAGGCAAUCGGUAGCUCUCUGGAUUGAAGUGCCUGACGACGACGAACCGCCUUCGCACGCGACUUUGCUAGCAGCCCAAAUGGUUCACGAUCUCAGUCAGCUGAAUAUUCCCAGCCUCUGUCACUUCAUCCAUCGACCUAAAAGCGCAUCUUUGGACCGCGAACGGGCGCUCUUAGAGAUGGUGUACUCCCUGGUCUACCAGAUAUCCCGGGCUCUUCCUGAGCAUGCGCAUUUCGAGGCAGGUGUUGUCGAAAAAGUCAAAUCGAUUUCUCCGAUCCCGCAGACCCGUUCCGAGGUGACCCGCAGCUUAGCUCCAGCGAUCAACCUACUCGAAUCCUUGUUGGAAUAUCUUCCCCCGCUGUUGUUCUGCGUGGUAGACGGGUUUCAGCUUCUCGUGAGACAGUCGAACUCUCCAGAAAUGAAAGCAGCUACCAAGCAUUUCAUCGCUUGUAUCUGCGAGGCAGCAACGCGCCAGCUCAUAGAUCAGCCGUCGAUUUUCAAAUCGCUUUGGACCACGGAUGGGCCCUGCAGGGACUUACAGCAAGCGAGAAGGAGUCGAGUUCUGGCACAUUUGGGAUACGAGGACGAUGAGGAAUUCGAGUCACUGGCUCUUCGUGGUAGAGAGAUGUCGCCACUGACAGAGGGGUAA